AUGGCGGAGGCGGCUUCCCCGGCGGAGGGGCUGGAGGUGCCGCUGGCGGCGCUCAACUACGCGGUGCGCCGCCGCCUGGGGCUGUUCCUGAACCCGCGGGCGCCCGUGGCGGCGGACUGGACGGCGCUGGCCGAGCGGCUGGGCUACGAGUUCCUGGAGAUCCGCGCGCUGGAGGGCGAGGCCGACCCCACCGGCCGCCUCCUGCGCGACUGGCCCGCCCGGGGCCCCGCCGCCGCCCCCCGCCCCACCGUCGGCCGCCUCCUCCAGCUCCUGCGCGCCCUCGAGCGCCACGACGUCCUCGAAGACCUGGGGCCCAGCAUCGAGGAGGAUUGUAAGAAGUACCUGGAGAGGAAACGGCAGGAGGCUGAGCAGCCCCUUCAGGUUCCGGCGGUGGACAGCAGCGAACCCAGGACCCAGGAAAGGCAAGGCAUCACCAUCCGAGACGACCCCUUGGGGCAAACGCCAGAGCUAUUCGACGCCUUCAUCUGUUACUGUCCGAAGGACAUUGAGUUUGUGCAGGAGAUGAUCCAGGAGCUGGAGCAGACGGAGCACAGGCUGAAGCUCUGCGUCUUCGACCGGGACGUCCUGCCGGGGACCUGCGUGUGGACCAUCACCAGCGAGCUGAUAGAGAAGCGGUGCAGGAGAAUGGUGGUGGUCAUUUCUGAUGACUACCUGGACAGUGAAGAAUGUGACUUCCAGACCAAGUUUGCCCUCAGCCUCUCCCCCGGGGCACGUAUGAAGCGGCUUAUUCCGGUGAAGUGCAAGCCCAUGAAGAAGAAGUUCCCGAGCAUCUUGAAGUUCAUCACGGUCUGCGACUACACCAACCAGCACACCCAGAAAUGGUUCUGGAUACGACUGGCCAAAUCCCUCUUGCUCCCAUGAUGCAAAGCGGCACGGCUGGGGCUUCAGCGGAAGGGGUUGUAGGGUCCUCCUU